CAUUCUUCUUCAUCAAACAGAAGAAAAAAACCAGCGUAACUCCUCCAACGUCUCUCCUUCUCCUAGGCUCCUCAUUCAAUUCAGCAACGGAAAUAAUUUUUCAAUGGGAAAUAGCGCUCCUUGCUGCUAUAAAUGGGCGACAUACAUCAAGUGGCAAAAAGGGGGAGGGAAUCGCACCCAACAGAAAAUUGAGCAGCGGCUUUGGCCGCUGCUAUUGACGCAACCCACCGGCGGAGAUGUAGACAGCGGCCGACCACGGCUCGCCGGAGUUCGACGAUGGUCGGCGGUGAUAGGAGUAGAUGAUUCUGAUAAGGAUGAACUUUUAAAGCCGAUUAAUCAAUGCUCACAUCCUCACAUAAUGGAAGGAACUUCUCGAGCUCUUUCUUACACCAUAAGAUUCAUUGGUCUACUUGGUAGUCAUGCUCUUGGGUAUAUAGAAUCACGAGGAGUCUACGGACCUACGUACGGUGUAGAGUACACAGUUUUUAGCAAUUACUAUAAGUACUUUGAGAUGAACCACGUUGUGGAGGCUUUCAUCAUACUUCUCGGAGGAGGGGACACUAUGGAAGGUUUGUUCACCAUAAUCUCGUGGGCAUCUGAAGGAUUGCACAGUAAAUCCAUCGGUCUCUUGAACAUUAACGGUUAUUUCAAUAACCUAAUCAAAUUUCUAGAUGAUGCAGUAAGGCAGAACUUCAUGGCUUCCUGUCACAGGAAACUUUUCAUUUCUUCUUUCUUUAUUGAUGAGCUUUUAGACAAACUAGAGUUUGCUAAAGCUUUCCUAGGUCUUGGGGCUAGUUAUUACAAGUUUGCAAAUCCUGGGAGAUUAGCCUUAGAAUUGCAUCUGUAACAUUUCUCAUAUGAUCCAAGUUGUAUUCUGUGUUGAAAUGAUAUUAUCCAUGUAACGCCCCAAAACAUACCCUAGAAUUAGUAAUAAAUAAAUAAUAAAUUAAUCAAACUUGUUUUGAUUAAAAUAAUUUAUUCUUGGACUUUGGGCCGAAAUAAUAUGUGUUUGAUAUCCAAUAUCUUAAUCUGGAUAAAUCUCAUAGAGAUAUAUCCAAUAUGUUGACUAAUUGUGUAAUCUUGGUUGGGAAUCUAAGUACAAACCCAAAAUCAGUAAUAAAUGAAUAAUGUGUUU